AGUUCUCUGCCCGCAGAGCACGGCCCGCGUCGCUUGCUGUAUCCCUAGCAAGCCUAACGAUUCGGUACCGGCGUCGGACAGAGCCCGUAAGUCUCUCUUUGACGCAGAGGGCGUUGCGCAACCGUUCAUCAUGUCGUAUCCUCCGCCUCCAGGUCCCAAGUCCAACUCUUCGACGCCUCAGCCUCAUCCUUCGCUCCCUGCUCGUCCACCGCCUCCGGUGCAGGCCCCGGCCUUCUCCAAGUUCUCAAACUCGGGCGCAAAUGGAAAAAACCAAGGCGCCGGGGGCUAUGGCGCCUUCACCGGUUUCAAACCUCGAUCGGUAGCUGGCGCAUCGAGUCAGGGCUGGCAACCGCAACCUGCGACUGCCUCCGCAGGACCACAACCUCCUGCUGCAUACUCGGCCGCUCAAACUGGCUAUAUGGGCGGUGCGUACCCGGCGACUGCCUAUCCCCAGCAGACUCCAUACUACCCUCAGGCCAGCAACGACCCGUACGCGAACCCAACGCCGCCCCAGAUUCGAAACCCUUUCCCACUCCCUGGGCAGGCGCCAAGCGGAGGCUAUGGGUCCAACAGCGCAUAUGACCCGGAGUACGAGGCGCAAGUAGCGCAAUGGCAGAGCGCAUAUGCCGGCAAAGACGACUCGAAUGCCAAAGCCACUGGCCGAGGCCGUGCUGAGACCGGAAACGCAAACAACACGCCCUUGGGGGCUAAGCCAAACGUGUCCGCUCCUAUCAGCAAUACCGAAAUGCAGUCGGCGGUCAACUCCGACACUGGAGUGGCGGCUGUUGUCGCCGGUGCAGACGGGAAGCAAAAGACGGUGGUGAGAAGUGGUGGAGGACAGACAUGGCAAGACCCUAGUUUGCUCGAAUGGGAUCCCUCCCAUUUCCGCUUGUUCGUUGGAAAUCUGGCCGGGGAGGUCACUGACGAAUCUCUGCACAAAGCCUUUUCGCGUUUCCAGUCUAUCCAGAAAGCACGGGUAAUUAGAGACAAGCGUACGACUAAGAGCAAGGGCUAUGGCUUUGUGAGCUUCAGCAACGGUGACGAUUACUUCCAGGCUGCGAAGGAAAUGCAGGGCAAAUACAUUGGCAGCCACCCUGUCCUUGUCAAGCGUAGUACUACCGAAAUCAAGGCCGUGACGCCUCAUGAUAAGCGGAAGAACAACAAGAACAACAAGAACAACAAGGGUGGAAAUGGCGGCGGUGGGCAUGCCAACACCGGGGCCGGUGUGCAGAAGAAGCCAAGCAAGACUAAGGGUGGUCUGAAGAUUCUGGGCUAAUUCUCGAACUAUUUGAGAGGAUGUCCAUGCCGCUCGCAGGCGGCGAGCGUGGUCGAGUUCCAGAAGAACUGUUCUUGUCACUGUACUCUUGUUCAGGGUAGAAUGUUGCGCGGCAAGUUUGUCUUGCUACAUUCGAAGAGAAAAUCAUAUAGUCAAAGUAGAAUCUAACAUGGUAGAUACG